AUGCCCUGUCCAACAUUCUCUCACCAUCUCGCAUUCAGAUUCAGAACAACAUGCAUCUCGCAACCUCAACCCCUUUCUUCACAUAGGCCCUCCCCCUCUACAUACACUAUAGCCUGUCUGUCCUACAUAUAUCCCCAUCUUGCAUGCCCGUCUCGUACCCAAAGCCUGACGUACCAUUCCGCACCAGCCAUGCCGCGUGGCACAGCACCCUCGCAUUUCGUCACACGUACCGAUCCCCGAGUAGCUUCCCCGACUUCUACUCAGACAAAGUCCCUCCCCUCCCUCCCAUUUUCAACCGUACUCAUCGCUAAUCGUGGAGAGGUCGCCAUUCGUCUUAUCAAAGCUUGCCACCUCCUCAAUCUUCGAGCUGCAGCCGUCUUCGUUGCCGACGAUGCCGCGUCACCGCAUCUACUCGGAGCUGACUCCACUCACUCCCUUGGUAAUGAUCCUUCUGCCUACAUUUCCGUCCCAGCUCUUCUCGCAGCAGCCAAAGCCGCAUCCGCAGAUGCUGUCUUACCGGGCUACGGUUUCAUCUCUGAAGACCCAGAAGCUGCUGCCGCUUUUGAGAGAAGUGGUAUCAAAUGGGUCGGUCCACGACCUGAAACGCUUCAGCUCUUCGGCUUGAAGCAUGCCGCUCGCCAGGCUUCCAUCGAAGCAAAUGUGCCAACUGUCCCCGGGAGUCCAGUUUUGACAGAUAUCGAGCAUGCCGUUGAACAAUCAACAUUGGUGGGCUUUCCAGCUCUGCUCAAAGCGUCUGCGGGAGGUGGUGGUAUGGGACAGGCCAUUGUUCGUAGUGUUGAUGGCCUGCGGAGAGCAUACGAUUCGGUAGUGGCCCAGGCGAAAUCUCUUUUUGGGAACAGCGACGUCUACUUAGAGCGAUACGUUGAACGGGCGAGACAUAUCGAAGUGCAGGUAUUUGGUGAUGGCAACGGUACUUGCAUCGCAAUUGGCGAUAGAGAUUGCUCUGUUCAGAGAAGACGACAAAAAGUCAUUGAAGAAGGAAAUGCACCCAACAUGGGAGGGGAACUGCGAAACACUCUCCGGAGAGCAGCAGAAAGGCUUUGUGGAAAGCACAACUAUCUCUCCGCUGGAACUGUCGAAUUUAUCUUGGAUGUAUCUACAAAUGAAUGGUUUUUCCUGGAGGUCAACACUCGAUUGCAAGUUGAACAUGGGGUCACCGAGCUCGUAAGCGGUAUAGAUAUCGUCCAAUGGAUGCUGUCUCAAGCUGGCGGUAUCGAUGUUCUAGAGGGAGGUGCUGUCAAAUUCAGAGAGUCCGGUGUUGCUAUUGAGGCACGUAUCUAUGCGGAAAACCCUGCCAAAGAUUACGUUCCUUGUCCAGGCACACUCUCUGCCAUGGAAUGGCCAGAGGAAAAGAAUGGCGAAUCCAAUGGUUGCAAAGUGCGAGUGGACGGUUGGGCGCAAGUAGGGACCGUGGUACCUGGACACUAUGACCCUCUCUUAGGUAAGGUAUUGGCAUGGGGUCGGACGCGACCGCUUGCUAUUGUUGAGCUUAAAAAGGCUCUGAAGAAGACGAUUGUGAGAGGAGUACCCAGCAACGUUGAGCUGCUUUUGCAGACGACUGAUCAUCCUAAUUUCUUGCGAGGCAAGUACACCACUGGACUGCUUAACACGUUUACUCCGAAGACCAAUUCAAUAGAAGUAGUUGCACCUGGUCUCCAAUCCUCACUUCAAGAUUACCCGGGUCGGGUAGGGUAUUGGAACAUUGGAGUAAGUCCGUCAGGGCCGAUGGAUGCGUAUGCGAUGGGGAUGGCCAAUGCGCUUGUCGGAAAUGGCCCAGAUGCUUGCGCUCUCGAGAUGACGAUGAGGGGACCAAGUCUCGUGUUUCAUACAACGGCGGUUGUUGCCUUGGCAGGCGGACACUUUGGGGCCGAACUGGACGACGGUAAGCCGGUGCAGUUUUGGACGCCAUUUAUUGUGAAGAAGGGUUCUGUGCUUUACUGCGGGAGCGCAGUUGCGCGCCGUGGAGAGGAGGAAGACUGGGACGGUGAAACACGCCCAUUGGGCGGUAAGAUCGCGUAUAUCGCUGUCAGGGGCGGCUUUGCGGUGCCAGAAUAUCUCGGCAGUAAGUCGACUUUUCCCACUGGAGGGUUUGGUGGUUUGACGGGUUCGUUUCUUCAGACAGGAGAUUUCCUUCCCAUCGCCGAUUCCUCGCUCGGCUCCCUUGAUGAAGCCGAAAAAAAUGGCCUUUGCUUCCGCUGGCCCAUAGACUACCCUCUGCCUCAGGCAUUCAUUCCUUCAUAUGACCAAGAGCAGUGGGUCGUCGCAGCAUUGAAUGGGCCUCAUGCUUCACCGGAUUUCCUUCAGGAUCAAACCCUUCAAGACAUUUGGACCAGCUCGUACACUGUGCAUCAUGCUACCAACAGGCUAGGUGCCCGACUAAUCGGACCUGCCCCGAAAUGGACUAGGCCUGACGGUGGUUCUGCUGGAUUGCAUCCCUCCAACUUGCAUGACUACACUUACGCUCCGGGGGCUGUCAACUUCAGUGGCAAUACCCCAAUUGUGCUCAUGCUUGACGGGCCUUCACUCGGUGGUUUCGUUUGCCCCAUCACCGUGGCGACAGCAGAUCUUUGGAAGGUCGCACAGGCAACACCAGGAGAGAAGAUAAGAUUCCAGCAGGUCGACUACAAUGAUGCCAGCACGGCUUUUUCGGAGACUGCGGCAGCAUGGGAAGCUGUCCGUUCAAACGAUCUCGAAGGUGAUCAUGCUGAAAUCAAAGUUUCUUAUCGUAUGUCCGGAGACGAACACGUCUUGAUUGAGUAUGGUGACAUCGAUUUAGACCUUGCUUAUAGACUCCGCGUUCACAUGUUGAUGGAAGAGCUUAAGUCGAGAUCUUUCAUCCGAGAAAUGUGCCCAGGCGUUCGCUCCUUGCUUGUGCGAUACGACCGCAGGAAGAUACAUGUUCACGAGCUUGUUUCAAUCUUCAACGAACUUGAGAAGGGUGUUCUAGGUUCUAUUGAAGAUGCUUCCGUCCCAUCGCGAGUUAUAAAUUUGCCUCUUGCAUUCAACGAUAGAUGGACCCUCGAGGCACAGGAGAAAUACAUGCACUCGGUACGCCCUGGAGCCCCGUAUAUGCCGUCCAACGUCGAGUUUGUUCGCCGCAUCAAUGGACUAAAGUCUGUUAAUGAUGUCAAGAGUAUCAUGACGACAGCCGAAUACAUGGUCCUUGGGCUGGGAGAUGUGUACCUGGGCGCACCUUGUGCAGUUCCCGUCGAUCCUCGUCAUCGAAUGGUGACGUCUAAAUAUAAUCCGGCACGGACAUACACACCAGAAGGUGCUGUCGGGAUUGGGGGAGCCUACAUGUGUAUAUAUGGAAUGGACUCCCCCGGCGGAUACCAGCUCACUGGGCGCACAUUGCCAAUCUGGGAUAAUUAUGGAUCCGUUCCUGAAGAAAACAGAGGAGCUCCAAAAAGCAUCCCCUGGUUAUUGAGGUUCUUUGAUCGUGUGAAAUUCUUUCCAGUGGCAGACGAUGAGUUGGAGAAACUCCGAACCAUGUACAGGAAGGGAGAAUACAAGAUAGAUAUUCGCCAUGAAACCUUCUCUUACAAGUCGCAUCUCCUGUUUUGUGAAGCAAACAAGGAAAGUAUCGCAGACUUUGAAAAUAAGAGAAUGUCCGCGUACGAUGAGGAGCGCCGACAUUGGGAAGCUACAGGUGAAGGUGAAAGCAAUGCAGCCGCCGAGCAUGCCACAAACAAGAAGGGAAAGAGACCUCCGUUUUCCAUUCCGGUACUCGCUAGUAUGGCAGCUACAGUUUGGGCUGUCCAUGUCAAGGACGGAGACGAAGUGAAGGAGGGACAACAUCUUUUCUCGUUGGAGAGCAUGAAGGUUGAGAUCGCUCUACAGGCGCCAGUGUCUGGAACAGUGCAGUGGUUGUCUGUAUCAAAAGGUGAUUCCGUCUCCCCUGACCAUGAGCUUUGCAUUGUGGUCUCCAAUUCGGAUGCUGCUAUGGGAGAUUCUCGAAUCGAUCACUUAAGGGGGUUAUACAAACUUGGCAUUGCAACUCCUAGUCAAGUCAUCACACAGGCCUUGCAGGAAGCACGAGCCUCACAGGGGGUCUUUUCUGUAAUAAGUUCGUUAUCUGCUUGCGAUUCAGCCAUAUCAGAGUUCGAAAAGGAUAAGCCCCAAAAGCAUACACCUCUCCACGGGGUCCCAUUUGUUGUUGCUGACGAUAUUGAUGUUGCGGGAAUGGAAACGCAUGCCUUGUGCCCUCAUAUCAGAUACAAAGCAGUCAGGUCCGCGCCUAUUGUUGAUGCCCUGCGUGCAGCCGGGGCAAUUUUGGUCGGAAAGACAAACACGGAUCAAUUGAACAUGGGAAACACGGGCUUGGAGAUUCCCGGCGUGGUUUUGCAGAAUCCCGUCUGCGAGGGACUAGUCACUGGUGGGAAUGGUCCAGCAGCAGUGGCUGUAAAGAAGCAAAUUGCUUCGUUUGCCAUCGCAAUCGACCGUAAUGGAACAUCCACUUUGGCUCCUGCUCUCUGCGGAGUUAUGGGUCUUAAAACAACUGAAGGUUUAUUGCCAUUGUCGGAAUCCGAGAUUUCCUGUGAAGCAACGGAUUGCAUUGGCAUUUAUGCUAACAAUGCUCUUGAUAUUCGGCGUGUUCUCGAAGUUUGUAUUUCAGCUAGAGACACGGCCCAGACGGCAGUGCGCCCGGUUCCGUCCUCAUCGCGAGAGCUAUCGAGAUCUCGCUUCUGUGGUACACGGCUCGCCAUCUGUGAGACAUCCGCUAUGCAAGCAUAUGUCGAUGAUGAGCACUUCACGCCAGCAUACGAGAAAGCUGUCGAAAUAAUCAGACGACUUGGAUACGUUACAAAGGAUUUGGACUUGUCUGUGUUCUCAAACGUAGCUUCUUUGCUAGAGGAAGCUCCAAUACAUUACACACGUCUUAACGGUCUGGCGGAGACUGUGCGAAGGUCGCCACAAUCAGUUUUACCAUCCGUUUCUGAUCGAGUGCUCGCGAUUGACGAGAUAUCCGCUUCCGCUCUCGGGGCUGCCCUGGCGAAGUUGGAAAAAUACAAGCGCACGGCAGAUGCAGGGAUAUGGAGCGCAGUGGAUGCAGCUGUGCUUCCCGUUGCGACGGGGAGCUACACGGUUGAGGAAGCCUCACGAGAUAUCAAGACAGCCAACAGCAAGUUGUCCAAAUUCUCUCGGCUGUUUACAGCGAUGGAUUUGUGCGCAGUGACGUUGCAUCUAGCUCCAUCGGAUUCUUCGCAAAUUCCACAUGGGAUCUGCGUGAUUGCACCAGCUUUUCGUGAAAGCUUGCUACUCGAAGUAGCGAGCAAAUGGCAGUCUUAGCUGUAGCACUGCAUCAUGUACUACCAAACUUCUUUUUUCAUCUGUAAAAACUUUGACUACUCUGUAA